AUGACCUCUGAGGAACACAAGAGAGCAAUAAAUGUGGUGCAGAAGAGGACCAACCUGAGCUGGCUCAUGAGACUGGGACUUCGUCUUCAACUCUCUAACAGCAGUGUCGUAGUCUUUGAUAUAGGGUGUCUUGAAAGCUCUUGGUUCGGUAAGAAUGCGUCAGAUAAGGAUGAAGCCAUUGGAAGCAGUAACAAAGACGAGCUUGUGGAUUCAUGGAUUAAAUACUUUGAUCUACCGCAGUGGGUAGAUUUUAAUGCGUUGAAAGAGGACCAGUGGACGGAGUUAUUAUGUCAGUCUAUUGAACACGUCGCCUCUUUUAGGGAAACAGCCGCCGUCACCGCGCAUUUAGGCGUCAACGAUUUACAUACUCGUUUGCCGCUGUCGCCGGUGGUUCUCUCCCUUCGCUUCUCGAUCUCCCGUCUGCCGCCCUCGCCGCCUUUCCUCGUCGUUUCGUCGCCGCCGGUUGCCGACAUGGGAAAGAGCGUCGGCCGUGGCGGUUCUUACGAGGCUAAACCCAAGGAGAAACCCUCCCCAGUCUCCUCCCACAAAGAUGAGGCAUGCGUCGACGCCGUCAUCCAGAAGCGCACCCCCCUUCCCGAGUCCAUCGAAGCCCAGCAGAAGGCGGAGCGCCUCAAACUCGACGGGGAACCCAUUAGGUCCACCUCCAUAAACUCUACAUCCAAAGGAGGAGGGAACAUCAGGUCCACCUCCAUCAAUGGCGUGAAGCUCUACUCCCUCUCGAGCCAGCGCUCCGUGGCCACUUGGCUUCCGCCCAAGAAGCUCAGAGCCCUUCGCAAAGACAAAGAUUACAUGCAGAGGGUGGACUUAAUUCAAGAUUUAAGAUUUGAGACUGCAACUACCAAGAUAAAGGUGACUCCUGAUGGUGACUAUGUCAUUGCAUCAGGUAUUUAUCCUCCUCAAGUUAAAGUGUUUGAGCUGAGAGAAUUGUCAUUGAAGUUUGAAAGGCACCUUGUUUCAGAAAUUAUUAAUUUUCAGGUACUAGCUGAUGACUAUUCAAAAAUUGCAUUUCUGUGUGCUGAUCGAUCCGUGUGUCUACAUGCAAAAUAUGGAAGUCACUACAGCUUAAGGAUUCCACGGAUGGGGAGAGAUAUUGCUUAUGACAGUUGGUCCUGUGACUUGCUAUGUGCUGCUUCAUCCCCAGAUCUUUACAGGAUUAAUUUGGAGCAGGUUAAUUAUAAAGUUUUUGUAAUGAAUUUAAAUACUUUACUACUUUAUUUCUUUUUAAGCCGUUGGUUUGAGAUGUCAAAAAAAAUAAAUGCAUUGAGCUGUGGCAGGGUGACAUAUAUCUGAUUUCUGUAAUAGUUAAACUAAAAUGAAGUAUUUUCGUUGAUUUCUUCUCUUAUUCCUCCAUUCCUUUUCCUUUGGUGUCUGAAGAAGAGUGCAAGUUUUUUUUUUUCUUGUUCUGGUGGAACUUUGGUUUGUUGUAUGGUAGCCACAUCUCAUUUGUAUGCAUAAGUCAUUUAGAAUUGAUUGCUUGACAUGGGAUUCAUGAUACUUUGGGACUAGGAAAACCACGUACUUCUAGAGUAUAUUGGCAUGUGCUAGAGAUGAGACUACUUUAGCAUCUUACUAAAUUUAUUUUAUGUUAGAUAUGGUAGAGUGGUAACAAAAACUCAAAUUGUCAGUGGUUAAGAAAUUCACUACAAUAACAUGCUCUACCCUUUUUUUUUAAUAUAUGAUCAGUAAGGUUUCUUGUUCGGUAUUCAUAGCUAUGUAUGUGCUGUUCCAUGAACAAAACAUGUUUUAACAUGGAGUAUGUGCUCCUUAUUUCUUGUUUAGAGGAAAAUCAGUUCAAAAACACUGAAGCAGUUAACUGCCUUAGAGCUUUCCCCCCUUUUUUCAACUGAAAGCCUGUUUUGCGUCCGAAGGAUAGGGGCUCAGUGUGUUGCUACAGUGAGAGAGUGUAGACUGAACUACAAAUCUAGUUUCGGUUUUGGACAUGUACCAUAUUUUGUAUUCUGUAUUGGCAGUGAUACCUUAUUGGUUGUACAUUUGCUUGGAUUGACCAGGAAAUUAGGACAAAUGACCUCUUCCCAAAAGAUGAUAAGAAACAAAAACAUGGGAAGGGGGACUAACCUUUUCCUUCUCUCCUCUUUUACUAUGGCCACCUCAGAUUUGAUGGGAAAGGCAUGUGCAAGAAGUUUCAAGAGAGAAGGGGUCUUUUGCAAUGUCUUUCAUGAUCAAAAGUUACCUCUACUGGUAUGCCCAAGGAAACAACAAAGUUAGAUUUUUAGUCAGUUGUUAAACUUUCAAUUGGGUUUGGCUUUUCCAAGUUUGGGGCAUUCGUCAUGUGUCCUCAUUUAGAGUGGUAUGUUGCACUUGAUACAGACUAUAUACCACAAGUUUAGAAUUCCCAAAUUGAACAUCUUCUCCACCUGGUGCAAAAAAUCCUUGCUCCCAAAUGGUUCUUUUCAUAUGAUAGUGCGUUAAUAGGAAUCUCCGUUGGCUACUAUAUAAGCGGUAGUCAAUUAUUUCUGUUCUUUUCUUCUGUUUGUCCUUUUCUUGAUUCACUCUAAUGGCUGCACUGAUAUGGUGUCAUUGAUGCCAAUGGCAUAUAUAGAUUUCGCCAAGUUGUUGGAGCACCAUGUACUGUGGUGAUAAUAUCCUUAUGAUCGAAGCAUCUUAAUGUACAAGAAAGCCUCCUUCAGGCAGUUGAAGAGAAAAUAUAGUAAUGUCAUUUCCCAAUAACUUGUGGGGUGUUUUGUUAAUGGGUUCAAUAUACACGAGAAAUAGAAGGACUAUAAAUACACAAAUGCAUGCCUGUCACAAGCUAGCAGGGUCCAUGUUGUUCCAUGCCCAGGUUCUGUGACAAGUAUUGUGGCAUGGUAUGUAUUCAUUAGAUCAAUACUUCAAUGAUUGUUGUUGCAACAGUCAUCCUAACAAGUAACAACAUAUAGGGUUUGACUACAUGGAUCCAUUACAGCAGGCUCUGUUAUCACAGGUAAUGAAGUGUCAGCAUCUAUUGUUUUGUAAGUCUUCACUGGACUUUUUCUUCUCUUCCUAAAAUUUCUGUUUCGAAUUCAGUUACACAUGGACUUAAGAUCUUUUUGGGGCAUGUUCUGGCGAACUUUUUGGAAUCCUGCUCAUCUUAUCCUUAUUGAAGAUACAUCUAAUUUAGACUGGAUUUUAUCUUUCUUUGAAACAUCAAUCAUCCAUCUCAUUGUCCUUAAACCUUCUGCACCAACUUCUAAUUUUUAAUUUCUUAACUUUGAUUAUCAAAUUGGUACUUGUUAAGUCAUCAUAUAUAUAUUUUCCUUUUAGUUGAGUAAUAUGGGAAUGUGCAACAUUUGUGGACGCAAUUCACAUGACUGUACUAUUUUAUUCUGUGAACAAUGUACUGUUUCAUUUGUUCAUUUUGGGUAUAUAUUUUUUUGUACUAUUUGCUAGAACUUUUAGUUGCUGGAAUGCUGCUCGGUGUUAGCCUGCACUAACCAGGCUUGAACUUCAUAUGGGUGAUUUGUUGUAUAUUUUCCUCCAAAUAACUUCUGCUUGUAAUAACCAUGAUUUCUCUGCAUGCUGAGCCUUGUUCCCAUUUUGAUGUCUUGCUUUCCACUAAGUUGUGAUACAUGCAAAGAGGGAUGCCAGCCCAUAAUUAUUGGCAU